AGGACAAGAAGAAGUGCAUCCGUCUGCACAGCAAGAGCAACAUCAACGAAGCAGGACCACGUGACCGACCGAGUCAUCUCCGAGCCCCUACGUAUGCUGUCGACCUCCCAUGCAUCUCUUUAGCACUAUGCUACUGCGGUAUUGAUAGGUACGUUUCGCAUGAGAUAGAAGAUUCAAUCUCUGACGCAGCCGCAGAGACUUAUACUGUGCAGAUACGAUGUACGCGUAGAAUGCUGCGUAUCUCGAGCGUUUGCCGACUGUCGGUGCUCGUACCAUUGCGCGCGACUCUAUUCGUUGGCUGAAGCAAUCCAUGCUCGCCUGAGUUACUCACAGAGCUCGUCCACAUGUCGUCAGUGAUGUCGAGGAUCUUUCUGAUCAUCAAUCCAAUCUAGCUCGGCUAUGUCCGAUUGAGAUCUUAGAUAGGGGCCGGGGAAUGGGCGGCUUUUGAGCCGUCGUUCCGAUAUCUGACUGAAAUACCUCCAGGAGACGGAUCAACAACUUGCUUCAAGUCUAUGGUAUCACAGCAGGAAAGUGAACAUCAUGGCCAAAUUCGACACAAUCAUCAAGAACGGCGUGGUGGUAACGGCUGGAGAUAUAUCGCAAUACUGGAUAGGCAUCAAAGAUGGAAAGAUCAGGUCCCUCACCAAGACAUUUGAUGAGGAAGAGAUGGCAGGAGCCGAGGUGAUCGAUGCGGAGUGAGCGCCAAAACGCUGGACUUGGAUCUUACUGAUAGACAUCUAGAGGCGCGUAUGUGAUGCCAGGUGGUGUGGACUGUCAUGUACACCUAUGCCAAGACCUCAAGACAGGCCCCCACGGUCUAGGCGGACAAUGCGCGGACGACUUCAACACAGGCUCCCUCGCUGCUCUCUGCGGCGGUACCACAACCAUUGUCACAUUCGCCACUCAAUCCCGCUCCGACGACGACAAGUCUCUCCUCGGUGUGGUCGAAAAGUACAACGCCCGAGCGGAAGCUACGGGAAGUUAUAUCGACUAUGGCUUCCACGUGAUUAUCGUGAGAGAUGAUCCGGAGGUGUUGGAUGAUGAGAUGCCGAGGUUAGUGGAGGAGUGGGGUGUGACGAGCUGCAAGUUGUUCAUGACGUAUGAGAGCCAGAGGUUGACGGAUAGGGAGCUUUUGGAUGUUAUGGUGGCUGCGAGGAAGAACAAGGUUACCACAAUGAUCCAUGCAGAGAACGGAGAUAUGAUUGAAUGGCUCACAGACAAGCUGGGGGCCAAGGGCAUGCUCGCGCCGUACUACCACGCCCUCUCCCGCCCGCCUCUGGUCGAAGGCGAAGCGACGAACCGCGCUAUUGCCAUGUCUGAGUUGGUCCAGAACCCGAUCUUGUUUGUACACAUCGGCUCCACGCUGGGCAUGAACAACGUACGCAAGGCUCAAACUAUGGGAUUGCCAAUCUACGCCGAAACGUGCCCGCAGUACUUUAAUCUGACUUGGGAUGACUUGAAACGUUUCCAUUCUCCCACUUGUUUCGAGAACAGCAAGAUGAUCUGCUCGCCUCCCCCUCCCCCAGACGACUCGGACCGCGAAUUUCUCUUCCAAGGCCUACACAACGGCACGUUCACAAUUUUCUCCUCCGACCACUGUCCAUUCCGAUACGACUCUCCCCGCGGAAAACCUUCAGGCAUCCUCGAACACUCUGCCUCCAUGGCCGGCGAGUCUUUCGAAAUUCCUACCGACCAUGCCCAUCCUCACGAUACUAAAGCGCUUUACGACUUGACGGCGCGGAAAGGGGGUGCUUUUAGGUUUAUACCUAAUGGGAUACCGGGAGUGGAGACGAGGUUGCCGUUGUUGUUUACUGGGGGGCUGUUGGAGGGGAGGAUCAGUCCGCAGAAGUUUGUGGAGCUUACUGCUACCAAUCCUGCCAAGCUUUAUGGGAUGUAUCCUCAGAAAGGGACUCUACAGCCUGGAUCUGAUGCGGAUAUCACGAUUUGGCAUCCUCAAGAACGGUUCUCGCCCUUCCAGCUACGCAACGGAAUGCUCCAUCACAACGUCGACUAUACGCCCUACGAAGGCCAUACAUUCAACAACUGGCCUCGCUACGUCCUCGUUCGCGGCCAACUAUCCUACGCUGAGGGUGCUGUGAAAGGCAAGCCGAGGGACGGACGAUAUCUGAGAAGGGGGCCUAGUCAGUUGAGUACCGGUCUUCCCGGGAAGAAGGAUCCGAGGCGGGUGGCAGGGUGGCUGUAUGACUAGAAUGUGUGCAUGGGUUGAGAUGCAUAUUAAGC